AUGGAGGAUCUCCCCAGCUGCUCUGUGCUCUGCCACCUCCCCUCCCUGCUCCUCCUCAUCCAGCUGCCCACUGGCUGGUCUGCAGAGGAAUUCUUCGUGACUGGCCCCUCGGAUCCCAUUGUGGCAGUGCUCGGCGGGGACACCGUGCUGCCGUGUCGUGUGUCCCCGGCCAUGAGUGCCGAAGACAUGGAGCUGAGGUGGUUUCGCUCCAAGUUUUCAGAAGCUGUGCUCAUCUAUCAAAACCGAGUCGAGCAGAAUGAGGAGCAGAUGGAUGAUUACGCAGGGCGGACCUCGCUGGUGAGGGACCUCCUCGCCCAGGGGGAGGCUGCCGUGCGCAUCCAGGAUGUCCAGGUUUCUGACAAUGGGCUGUACACCUGCUUCUUCAGAAAGGGAGACUUCUAUGAAGAGGCCAGUUUGGAGCUGAAGGUGGCAGGUGUAGGCUCUGCCCCUCAGGUGCGCAUCACAGGGCCCGAGGAGGACGGGGUCCGUGUGGUGUGCACGGCCUUGGGGUGGUUCCCGAAGCCCCAGGUGCAGUGGAGAGACCUCAGCGGAGGCAAGUUCCUGGAGUUCUCCGAGGCUCACGCCCAGGACGCUGAAGGGCUGUUCAGCGUGGAGGCAGCUCUGGUGGUGAGAGACAGGUCUGCGGGAAACGUGACCUGCUCCAUCCUCAACCCUGUCCUGGGCCAGGAGAAGGCCAUGGCCAUGUUCAUCCCAGAGCCCUUCUUCCCCCGGGCCUCUCCCUGGAAGCUGGCUUUUUCGGUGAGCCUGGCUGUGCUGAUGUUCCUGCUCCUUGGGGCUGGAUGGUACACCAAAAGAGAACAUUCCAUGAAACUGUGGGAGAUGCAAGAAAAGGAGACGAUGCGGCGGGCUAGGGAGGAGGACCUGCAGACAAAGGCGGAGGUGCAGAAGGACACAGAUGAACUCCAGGCAGAACUCGACAAGAGGAAAUCUGCUUACCUGGCUGCCUGGAGGAAGGCCCAGCUGUACGCGGAUUGGCGGAAGGAGAAGUUCCAGGCCUGGCCUGUCACUCUGGAUCCAGGAUCUGCCCAUUCAGACCUUGUCGUCUCUCAUGAAAAGAUGAGUGUGGCCUGGAAGGACUCCAGUGUGAACUCAUCAGACACCUGCAGCGUAUUGGGGUUUGAGGGCAUCACAUCAGGGCGCUGUUACUGGGAGGUGGAGAUCAGGGAUGGAGAUGGAAGCGAGUGGGCUCUGGGAGUCUGUAGGGAAGAUGUGAAAAGGAAAGACUGGUACACAGAAUCCCCAGAUAAGGGGUUCUGGGUUGUGGGGUUGUUUGAAAAUGGAUAUUAUGCCCUUACUGUACCUCAGACUUUGCUAUCCCUCAGGCAUGUUCCCUGCAGGGUGGGGGUGUUCCUGGACCACAAGGAAGGGGACAUCUCCUUCUACAACAUGACUGACGGCUCCCACAUUUUCUCCUUCCCUCGAGCGUCCUUCUCUGGGACCCUCUUUCCAUACUUCAUGAUUAAGUCAGGAGAUGUGUCCCUUACCAUCUGCUCCAAGGUGGGAGGGUCUGAGGGGCUCCCUGUGCCCCUUACCAGUUCUUCUCUGGAGAAGCCUGUGAACCUCCCAGGGGAGGGGUUCAGCUCAGGCUGUGGUGCUGAUGCUCCCCCAGGGGCCGAGUCUCCAUUACUCCCCUGCACCCCCGAGGCUGUGUCCUCGUAG